UGGAACUAAUGGUAAUAGUAAUAGUAUAUAGGACAGAAUAAUACUGUAUCAUUCAAGAUCAUCUGGCAAAUUAAAAAUUUCUAGGCAGGUUGUGAUUUGACAUCAGAGUGGGAAAACCCCUGUCGAUUCCAACCACCGCUGUUUUCAACUUUCCCGUUUUGCGCACUUAGAGAGAAGCAAGCAUCACCACCCAGCCCCGCGUCAUUUCUGGCAGUCACCUUCUCGUACUUGGGAGGUUGGGAAGUUGCAACCCACCAGUAAAAGAUGUGUUAAUGCAUUUUGCAUUUGCAUUAAGGGUACAAGCUCGAAAUCUUCUUCCUGAUUUCACACUUUCCACCUCCUACUCCUUUUCCCAUCUUCUUUACUCUUUUCAUUUUCCGUCAUUUGUAUAUUCUACGGAAAGGCGGUUUUUCGUGUCACCGUCAAUUACUAACCCUCACAGCUAAAUUUCUGUCUUAAGCUUGGUGGAACAAUUCAAUCCAAGUUAUUUUGGGAAUUUGUUGGAGGAGGUAAAGAGGUCACUAAAUCAUUGGCCUUGGUUUGCAAGAGCUUGUCUCAGUCGCAUUCCCAAUUCCACGAGUCGAGUCCACUUUGGACGAAACUUAGACAAGAUGCGACCCAGCCAAAGCCGAAGUUUACUUCUCCCCUUCCUAUUCAACCUCGUUGUCGCUCACCCCUACCCGGCCGACAACCUUAAAGAUGCCGGCUUCGGAUACCUCAUGAACCGCGGUUGCGCAGCUUAUUGCGGCUCUGACAACCAGUACUGUUGUUCUGAUGGCGAAUCGUGCACUACAUCAGCCGGCAUAGCGGGUUGCGCCGCCUACGAUUACUACACCACCACCUGGACUGAGACGAAGACGUACACGAGCACUUUCAGUUCCGCCUUAGGUGCGUCGACUGCCGCGGCCGGAGGGGAGGAUUGCGUACCACCAGCAGGGUCCGGGCAAAUCGCUUGCGGUCCUAUUUGCUGUGCGACCUGGCAGUACUGCGCGCGCAGCGGACAGUGUCUACCAAACGCCGGCGCCAGUUCUUACACCCAAUGGACCACGGUUGGUGUUAUCACAACCCAGUUCUCGGCGCCCUACAGAGUCACGAGCGGCAGCACCAUCAUACAAACUUCAGAACCUACCACUACCGGUACUGCAGCCAGUGAGACCACAACAUCCACCAGCACCGCCGCCCCAGCUCCGGUCGCAUCCACGAGCGGCUCUCUAAGCGGAGGUGCAAUUGCCGGCAUCGUCGUUGGCACAAUUGCUGGUGUGCUCUUGCUGCUGCUACUAUGUUUCUGCUGUAUCGUCAGAGGAUUGUGGGACGCGUUCGCGGCUGCUCUCGGGUUGGGUGGCAAGAAGAGGAGAAAGGAGGAAGUCGAGAUCAUUGAAGAACGAUAUUCCAGACGCGGAAGCAGGCACGGCAGUGCAUAUGGCGGGGGCUCGGCUGCCGCACGACCGGUCCACCGAACAUGGUUCGGCGGCGGUGGGGGCCGACCCACGUCAGCCGCCGGCCGAAGAGAAAAGACUUCGGGAAGCGGCGCAGGUUGGCUCGCCGCCAGUCUGGCUGCAGCGGCCGUUGUUCUAGGCCUGAGAAGGGAUGACAGGCGUCGCACUAGCAGCGCAAAGCCGCCUCGUGAGACGGAGUGGAGUAGUUCGUACUAUACAGACUCCUAUACUGCAAGCAGCCCUAGUGAGUUUAUCCCUCAAAGAUAAACUCCAAGAGGGUUAUUACUGACCAGUUGUUCUCUACAGGUAGCCGAAGUACGGAUCGAAGAACGCAACGAUCGCGCGCCUCCCGAGCGGCAAGAACAUCGAGAACGUCGAGAGCUUCGCGGUCGAGACGAAGCUAGAGGCACGAAGCUCCACCGCGCUCGCGUCCUCCUAUACUUUAUGAAUCUUCGGUCCUAAAUUGAGUUCAUAAUUCCUUUUUCGUCGCGAGAUCAUUUUUCCUUUUAAACUCCGACACCCCCCGGCAUACAUACCAUAUCUUCGGCACGAAAACGGCGUUUCGGCAUGGGAUUAUUAUUUUUUCAAUUACUCGUUUCUCCUUUUAGACUUAAUUUUUUUCACGAGGAUGUGCGACGAUACUCGGGUGAAGACGCAACGAAAAACUCGAACAAAUUUCAUACGAACGAAUAGUUUGAAAGAUGAAAUACGAAUAGGGGAUUGAGAUGAAGCCUCCGAAAUGAUGUACAUAUGAAGAUAACGAGGAAAGGAGAGGUCUGGAAGGCGAAGUGAGUUGAGAUCGGUAUGAUUCCCAAAGGCUAGGAGCGAAGGGCCUGGCAAUGCAUGGAAAUGAAGUGGACGCGUAGAUAGUUACGAAUGGACGUUCAGUGCUCCGUGGGAUUUUCCCCGUGGCAAACUGAGA